AUGAUGAGUAUUUGUAGUGCACACGAUCCUACUGAUGGAUUCACUCUUGUUCCGUUAACAGCGCAGGACUUUAGGAAUGAUAAACCUUACAAUGAACCUCUCAAAAAUCGCUACAGCUACAAAGAUGGAGUCAGAAGGUUCUGGGUCUACAACAACGACAAGCCUUUCAAGCCUUCUAGUACCACCAGACCGCGUUCUGAAGUACGCAUCAAGGGUCAUGACUACUCUUCUGGAGUUUGGCAAUUCGAAGGCUAUGCUUUCGUGCCCAAAGGUACCUCCGGCGUUACCAUAGUGCAAAUCCACGGCGCACAACAGGGAGCGACGACACUGCAACUAAGGAUCUACGACGGCGGCGAGGGCGAGAUGAGAUACUACAAGUACAAUGUAGUGGCUAGUAAUCUGUACGACAGGUGGUUCAGAGUGAACAUAAUCCACAAUGUUGAUGAAGGCAAGGUAACGGUUUUCGUUGAUGCAGUUAAGAAGUUUGUUGUGAAUGAUCAAGGACCUGGUGACCUCUACUUCAAAUUUGGUGUCUAUGCUGCCCCAGCUAAUUCUAGUAAUUACAUGGAAUCGAGGUGGAAAGAUAUUAAGAUUUUCAAGAAGUGA